UGUUUUGUUUUUUUUCUUCCAGUCUUCAUGAAGAAAUCAUUGACUUUUAUAAGUAUAUGUCUCCCAGACAUGAAGAAGAGAGAAUGCGAAUGGAAGUGGUGAACAGGAUAGAAAACGUUAUAAAGGAACUCUGGCCUAAUGCAGAUGUGCAGAUAUUUGGAAGUUUUAAAACUGGUUUAUAUUUACCUACAAGCGAUAUUGACUUAGUUGUGUUUGGAAAAUGGGAGACGUUACCUCUUUGGACCCUGGAAGAAGCUCUUAGAAAGCACAAUGUAGCAGAUGAAAACUCAGUAAAGGUUUUAGAUAAAGCAACUGUACCUAUUAUUAAAUUGACAGAUUCCUUCACGGAAGUAAAAGUUGAUAUCAGUUUUAAUGUACAGAAUGGGGUUAAAGCAGCACAGCUCAUCAAAGAUUUUAUCAAGAAAUAUCCUGUAUUACCAUAUCUAGUUUUAGUAUUGAAACAGUUCCUGUUGCAGAGGGACCUUAAUGAAGUAUUCACGGGUGGAAUUGGUUCUUAUAGUCUUUUUUUAAUGGCUGUCAGUUUCCUUCAGCUGCAUCCCAGAGAAGAUGCCUGCACACCCAACGCCAACUAUGGUGUUCUUUUAAUAGAGUUUUUUGAAUUAUAUGGACGUCACUUCAAUUAUCUGAAGACUGGAAUCCGAAUAAAGGAUGGUGGCUCUUACGUUGCCAAAGACGAAGUGCAAAAAAGCAUGCUAGAUGGCUAUAGACCAUCAAUGCUGUAUAUUGAAGAUCCAUUACAGCCAGGUAAUGAUGUUGGGAGGAGUUCAUAUGGUGCCAUGCAAGUGAACAGGUCUUUGAUUAUGCCUAUGUUGUUUGAGCCAUGCUACGUUUCCCCAAUUACGACUAAAUUAUUAUCCCAACAAACGAAACUAGAAAGGUAA